AUGAUGCUCAACUACAAGUACAAGUACGCAAAGGAGAUGUACUCCCGUCUACCCAUUGAUUGCGCUACUCAGUACAUGGCAACCCUGUUGGAAUACCCCUGGCAUGCGUGGGAAUACUGUGGUGGCCACAAGGACUUUUGGGCCCAGGAAGGCCCAGACGUGUCCAGUCGGGCUCCGGGUAGCGUACCUCGCAAACUCAUGUUUUUCCACUUUGACUCUGCUCCGGCCAAGAAGAGGCAGUGCCGGUGA